GAGCGCGCGAAAGGGACGCAGAGCCUCGGUGUUCACGAGCCUGCACAGCACCCAUCCGCCACCGCUAUCCGCCCAAUUUCUUUUUAAUUGAACCCCUUUUACUCCCGCUCGGCAUUGCUGCAGGAAUAGGAUGACUGGGAAGACCCAGACCAGCAACGUGACCAACAAGAAUGACCCGCGCUCACUCAACUCCCGCGUCUUUAUCGGCAACCUGAACACGGCCGUGGUGACCAAGGCCGACAUCGAGGCCAUCUUCGCCAAAUACGGCAAGAUCGUGGGCUGCUCCGUGCACAAGGGCUACGCCUUCGUCCAGUACACCAGCGAGAGGAACGCCAGGGCUGCCGUUUCCGGGGAGAACGCCAGGGUCAUCGCAGGACAAUCACUAGAUAUCAACAUGGCAGGAGAGCCAAAACCGUACAGGCCUAAGAUUGUCUCCAAGAGGCCUCUCUCGUCCCUCUACAGUGGCUACGAGUUUGACUAUGACUACUACAGAGACGAUUUCUACAGCAGACUGUUUGAGUACCACGGUCGUGUCGUGCCCCCGACCCGUGCAGUGAUCCCCAUCAAACGCUCACGGCUAGUCGUCCAGUCCACACGCAGAGCCAAAUCCUCUUUUCCAGUCAGGGCCUGUUCUUCCUCCUCCUCCUCCUCUUCCUCCUCCCGAGCAUUCAAUGUCGGCUCUUCCAUCACAGUCCCUAAACUGAAGACAGACCAGCUCGUAACAAUCAAGAAGGAACUGUCACAGAUAAAGAACAAGAUCGACUCUCUGCUGGGGCGGCUGGAGAAGAUUGAGAGGCAACAUCGCUCUGACGGUGACAUACAGAGGAAACAGGAGGAGGUGUGUGAGUGUCUCCAUGGUGAUGCAGCAGACCACUCGAGUGGGGAGGAGGCGGAGGGGGCGGCCGAGGUGGAGGCGGGGGAGAUGACGGACGGCGGCGAAGACGACUUUGAAGAUGAAGGCACCGGGGAUAUGAUAGAGAACCACAUAUCGGAUAUUGACAACUGAGCAAGCCAGGGGAAAAAGGAAAUGUAAAGUUGAAGAAGCUGGGAGAAGAGAUACCAGCAUACCUUCUUGAUCUAGAAGGUGUAUAUGAAAUUAAAGGAUGGCAAUGACGGGAGUGACUGACAGCAGAGGAAGAGUUUUUCAAACUAGUUUUCUUUGCUUGUUUGCCUCAUUACAACAUGACACUUCUGAUGUGUACUUCAUCAAAAUGCUGGUAGUGAAUAUCCUCCAGACUACUGCGAGAUCAACCGCAAAGAGCAAUCAAUAAUUUACCUUUUAAGCUCAUUGCAUAUCUGAGAAAAUAAGGACACUAUAUUGUGUGGUUACUAUAUGUUGGUCUGUAAUGUGCAUUAACAAUGAGAAGAACAAUGAAAUUCCCUCUUUUGUUGUAACGUUUUUUCCUGUUUCUGUGCUUUGAAAACUUGCGAGCCUCGGCGCAGGCAGAACGCUGAAUUGAAUGUAGGAACAACACUUGAUAAUUAUGUGAUUUUGCUUAAUUUGUACAUUUUGCUGAAAUGUACACAGUAUGUAAUUUAUUCACAAUGUCUCUACAUAGUGUUGUGUAUGCAUAUCAUGUUUGCCGUUUGUUAUACAUGAUGAGAUGCAUUUUAAAUUCAUUUUACAUUGUGUUUAUGGUUCACAAAAGAUGAAUAUUUUUUACUAUCAGCAUGUUUAAAUGUGGCUAUUAUGGCUUGUUUGUAUUCAUUGCAUCUGGUGUACAGCUAUGGAUGAUAGAAGUUUUUGAAAUAAACCUGUUCCUCCCAACAAAAGAAAAAAAAAAACAGCCUGAGUGUUGUGGCUUUCAUUUUCACAAUCAAUCGUGAAGGAAAAAAUGUGCAUUGUAGGGUUUUAUGCUCGGUAAAUGAACAUCGCUUGCAGAAAAACUUCAAGAAUCUUUUAUUAACACUGUACGACAUGAGAAGCAGCAGUCGAAGGUUUAUACCUGACUAAACUUUAAAGUUGACUUCCCUCCAGCCUCCAAACAUUUGUAUCCUCAUUAGCAACAUGGCGGUGGGACUCUCUCUGCAGGUCCACCACUUUAGUUUAAAUUAAAGAAUAUAAAGACUGAUAGUUUGAGGUAUGUUGUUAACAUUUGUUUAGAUAUCAACAUCCCUAAGAAGAUGAAUCCGGCUGGCUUUAUCGAUCCUUUGACUCUUCCUCAAGCAUCGUCAUGAGUUUGACUUCUGUAUUUGAUGGAAAUGUUUUAAAAAAUCUGGAUGAUUGCUAUGAAAUUCUGUUUGGUGAUAUACAUAUAGUUUGUGGAUUAGAGGAAGUUAAUUGGCAGCUAUUCUUUUCAUCAGUCAUUUCAUGGCUACUGGUUUUUUAUAUGUGAUGCUUUGCUGUUUUAACCAUGUCAUUAUUUUCAUAAUUUGAUUAAACAAGCAUUGUGAACAGUG